UUCACUCGAAACACACAAGCACCAAAGAGAGAUGCAAUGCAGUGACAGGGAAUAGCUACCGGCCGGCAAUCAAUGGCGCCUGUGGUUAGCGCUGCACUCGGCGCGUUGGGUCCCCUGCUGGUGAAGCUCAGUGGUCUGCUCGCCGGCGAGUAUGGCCGCCUCAAAGGGGUCCGCCGUGAGAUUCGCUCCCUUGAAUCUGAGCUCACCAGCAUGCAUGCUGCCCUCGAAGAAUACACUAAGCUGGAAGAUCCAAGUGGGCAAGUGAAGGCAUGGAUAUCUCUGGUGCGGGAGCUGGCAUAUGACACCGAGGACAUCUUCGACAAGUUCAUCCAUCACCUUGGUAAGCGUGGUCAUCGUGGUGGUUUCAAGGAGUUCUUGCGCAAGAUAACUCUCCCUCUGAAGACGCUUGGAGCUCGGCGUGAAAUCGCUGACCAAAUCGGUGACCUGAAGGAUCGCAUCAAGCAAGUGAAAGAUCUCAAGGAUAGUUACAAGUUGAAUGAUGUUCCUUCUAGCACCACUGGCCAUCUGGCCGUGGAUCCCCGGCUGCAUGCUGUCUUUGCUGAGGAGGCACACCUUGUGGGCGUGGAUGGUCCGAGGGAUGAGCUUGCCAAGUGGAUGGUGGAAGAAGGAAACAACUCAUCCAGACCUCGCAAGGUGUUGUCUAUUGUUGGUUUUGGCGGAUUGGGAAAAACAACACUGGCAAAUGAGGUCUACCGCAAGAUUCAAGGACAAUUUGAUUGUAAGGCUUUCGUAUCAGUCUCGCAAAAACCAGAUAUAAAGAAAAUUAUGAAGGAUGUGAUCUCUCAAGUGCCAUGCCAAGAUGGAUCCACAAAAGAUACUAGUGAUUGGGAUGAAAGGAAGUCCAUCUCAAAGCUAAGAGAACUACUGCAAAAUAAAAGGUAUCUCAUCAUCAUUGAUGAUGUAUGGUCUGCACAAGCAUGGAAAACUAUCAAGUGUGCUUUCCCAGAGAACAAUUGCUCUAGCAGAAUUAUUGUUACUACACGCAUCAUUGAUGUAGCCAAGUCAUGUUGUUUGGGAGGUGAUGACCAGAUGUAUGAACUAAAAUCCCUAAGUGAUCUCCACUCUAGAAUAUUGUUUUUCACAAGAAUAUUUGGCUCCGGGAAAAAUUGCCCUGACAUGUUGGAAGAAGUUUCAAAUAAUAUUCUAAAGAAAUGUGGAGGCCUACCAUUGGCAAUUAUAAGUAUAGCUGGUUUACUAGCAAACCGACCGGCUAUCAAGGAAGAGUGGGAGAAGGUUAAGAGGUCAAUUGGUUCUGCACUGGAGAAGACUAAGAGUCUAGAGGGCAUGAGCAGCAUACUAUCUCUGAGCUAUAAUGAUCUUGCACCUAAUCUCAAGACGUGCUUGUUGUAUCUAAGUUUAUUUCCCGAGGACCAUGUGAUUGAGAGAACAAGGCUAGUGAGGCUAUGGAUAGCAGAAGGGUUCAUCUCUGAAGAGCGUGGACAGAGCAAGAAAGAGGCUGCCGAGAGUUACUUCUACGAGCUUAUCAACAAAAGUAUGGUCCAGCCAGUGGACAUUGGCUUUGAUGGCAAGGUUCAAGCAUGUCGAGUCCACGACAUGAUGCUUGAACUUAUUAUUUCAAAAUCAGUUGAAGAAAAUUUUGCCACUGCGGUCGGUGGAGGCCAAACCAAUUUGCAAAAUCACCGGGGUUUUAUUCGGCGGCUAUCGAUCCAGUACAUUGACAAGGAACUUGCAUCUGCACUGGCAAACGUGGAUCUAAGUCAUGUUCGAACUUUGAUAGUAAUGCCAUCAUGUUGCAUCAAAUACUUGCCCACUCUUGAUCAGUUUGAAGCUUUACGUGUUCUGGAUUUUCAACGUUGCGAGGAUUUGAAGGAUUUUGAUAUGAAUGGUAUGGACAAACUAGUCCAACUAAAGUACCUGAACUUUAGGGGCACAUAUAUAUCAAAGCUACCGUCAGGGAUCAUGAUGCUAGGUAAUCUAGAGACCCUAGAUAUUUGGAAUACACGUGUGUAUGAGUUGCCUGCUGGCUUUGGCCGGCUAACUAAACUUGAACACUUGGAAGGAGAGUGGUUGACACUACCAGAUGGGAUUGGGGAUAUGAAGAACUUACAGUUGAUGUCAGGCUUGGAUAUUACCUCCAGUAUAACGGAUGUGUUGGAGGAUCUCAGGAGCCUAACAAGUUUGAAGGAGCUCAAGGUUUAUUUCCGCUUUGCAAACGGAAUAUCUGAUCAAGUAUCUUGCGAGGGCAAGAGAUGUGAAGAGGCGUUCCUCUCCUCACUGUGCAAGCUUGGUACCGGCAAACUCCGAUCUUUGGAUAUAAAACAGGGCGGUGCUUCCCUUGACUUCUUAGAUUCUUGGUCCCCUCUGCCAUCUUCUCUUCAAAAGUUUUCCACGCAUUACAGAGAUUCGUUCACCAACUUUCCAAAGUGGAUUACACCAGCACUCACUAACCUUGCCGACCUGGGCAUCUGCUUAGCUGAAAUGACAGAAGAUGAUCUGGUUACUCUUGGGCAGCUCCCAUCCUUACUUCGCCUGAAACUAUGGCCAUCAAAUAAGUUGGUUGGCACAGUCCAACGCAAUUCUUACCUGAAUCUGAAGGUUUUGGACUUCGGAUUUAAGACUGAGCGAGCAUAUGUUUCGUUUGUGAAAGGGUCUCCGCCCAAGCUUGAGGAACUUACCAUCACAUUCAGUGUGUCGGCAGCAAAAGCUAAUGGCUUCUAUUCAGGCAUUGAGCAUCUCUCAUCUCUCAAACAAGCUACGAUAUAUCUUGAUGAUGAAGAUGCGACACCUUCAGAAUGCGAGGCUGCAACUGCUGAGAUCAGGACUGAAGCGGGUGCCAAUCCCAACCAUCCUGCACUUAUUAUUAAAGACCAAGGGAGAUGGUGAUGAUGCUGAUGAGGAUUAAAAUGCUUACAAACUGCUAGAGGGUAUGUUGUGCGGCUUGUUUACUUUGUUUGGAAUGCCAUGCCGGAAGGAGGCACGAAGCCAGUAUUCCUCGCACAUGCAAGCGACAACCUGAAAAACUGAAGCUAAAUCAAAGACACCUACUAAGUCGUAAAAAGGUGGUCUCAGGUCUCUCUCAAGUCUCAACUGAAAGUUGCUACUACUUCCUAUAUACACUGUGUUUGAUUGCCUCUCUUCCUUACUUUGAUGAUUCAGAUCUAAACUCUUAUCACUGUUAAUAAGGUUCCGCCUGUCGGAAUUGGAGUCUGAAUACCUACGCUAUUGUUAAUUCGCUUGUACUCUGUCUGUAGUAGCUUUAUGCAUUUGGUGGGAUCUAAGCUCCAUUUGCA